AUGGGAGGCAAGAAGAGGAAGAUAGCGAUGGAGUUUGUAGAGAAUUCACAGGCGCGAGCGGUUCUUUGCGCAAAACGCCGUAAAGGUCUUUACAGUAAAGCCUCCGAGCUUUGUCUUCUCUCCGGAGCACAAGUGGCGAUAAUAACGACUCCGGUCUCUUCCAACUCCAACGUCUCCUUCUUCUCCUUCGGCCACUCCUCUGCCGACUCCGUCGUCUCUGCUUUCCUCGCGAACCAGCGUCCUCGAGAUGAUGACAGCAUUGGCCGCGCGUUAGGGUUUUGGUGGGAAGACCAGAAGCUUGCUCAAUCGGAGAAUUCUAACGAGUUGAGUGACGCGAUCGGCUCGAUCGCGAGGAUGUUGCAGAAUCUCAAGGGAUUGCAAGAAAGAAAAGCCGUGGAAAAUCACGAGGGUUUGAAGAAGGAGGAGGAGCUUGCUUUACACGGAACUAACCAAGAGCUUGAUCAAAACCAAACCCUAAAUCUUCUUCAAUUGACUUGUGCUAGUGCUUGCAUUGAUCAGGAUGAUACACCUGCGAAGUUAGAGGAACCAGUCAAGAUCAGCCAAGCGGAGAAUCAGAACGUGGCGGUUUCUGACAAGGACAGCAACGACAUCAACAGUUUAAUUCUAAAGUUGGAUGAGUGCGAUGAAGAGUUUGAUCUUGAUACAAUCUUUGAUUUAGUGAUGAAUUCAGAAAGUACGCCGACGAAUUCGAAUGUCUCAACGAAUCAAAAUCCGUCCUCUUCUUCUGAAGAUGGAGCAGCAUCGGUGUUUCAAGGAGAGUGUAAUCGCAACUUUUGUGAUUCGGAUGGAGAUAAUAAUAUCCUAGCGAUUUCUGACAACAACAACAAUGCUUUACAUGGAGACUUGAACGGGUGGAAUAAAGAGCUGGAUCUUGAUGACAUCACAUCCUUUGAAGCUAAUGCUGGAAGUCUGAUGGAUGAUGUCUCGGUGAUGAAGUCGAACCAAAAUCUGCUCUUAGAUGCUGAAGCUGUUGAAGAUGAAGCAGCGGUGAUGCACAGAGCUUUGGAUCAUAAGGAUAAUUUCAACUUCUCCGAAUAUUGUAAUGAGUUAACCUCCAUUGCUGCAAUCUGA